AUGGCAACGGCACAGCAGAAGACGGUCGACGACAAGGCCAAGCCGUCGCGUCCCAACUUUGCCUACUUUCCUCUGGGCUACAAAGAAGCUGCCUACCAAUGGUGGUCCAGCAUCAGUCCCUCGACCGCCGAACGGAACGUCCUUGCCCACAUCCCUUACCUCAAGGACGCCCGCGAACAUGCCACCAUCGACCCGGCCGAUCAGUCCGACCCUUUCGGACCCCGCGUCUGGAAGACCCAGAUGGUGAGCCUCUCGGGUCAGAACCGCGCCCUCAACGAAUACUCCGUCGAGCGCGUUGGUGAAAAGGUCGAGGAGAACCUCGUCAUGCUGCAUGGCUACGGCGCCGGACUGGGUUUCUACUACAAGAACUUUGAGCCCCUGUCACGACGCAAAGGCUGGAAACUGUACGCGCUAGAUAUGCUCGGCAUGGGUAACUCGACCAGGCCGCCCUUCAAGAUGCACGCCAAAGAUAAGCAGGGCAAGAUUGACGAGGCGGAGGCCUGGUUCGUCGAUGCACUGGAGGAGUGGAGGAAAGCCAGGAAUAUCGACAAGUUUACCCUCAUCGGUCACUCCCUGGGCGGCUACCUUUCCGUGGCGUAUGCCCUGAAAUAUCCCGGCCACCUCAAGAAGCUCAUUCUCGCAUCCCCCGUCGGCAAGGGCAGUGGCGAGUACGCGCUACCAUACAUCCUCGCGCCCGGGGCGUACGCGCGCAGCCCCAUCAUCGACCGCAUCGAGGGUGUUGGCCGGCAGACGGUGGAGAAGAACGGGCAAAAGAUCAAAGAGACUGGUAUUCCCGUCGUCAUGAUGUACGGCGAGAACGACUGGAUGGACGUCGCUGGCGGUCUGGCGUCCGAGGAGAAACUCAAGGCAGCAAAGAGACGAGCGCUGCUUGAGGGCACGGCGGAGGAGAAGCGGAGGGAGAAUGGCUCGGCGAAGGUGAUUGUCGUGCAGAAGGCGGGCCAUCACCUGUAUCUCGACAACGCGGAUGAUUUCAAUGAGUAUAUCUGGAAGGAGAUGGACGAGACAAAGAGCCAUAGUCAGAAGGGACUGGCAUGA